AUGAAUGAACCGGAUGGGAUUAUUGAUCAAUAUAUUCGAUGUAUUGAAGCAGAUUCAUCACAAAAUACUCAUUGUAAUGGUUUCUUACCUUUAUGGAGACCAGAUGUAUCCGAAGCACAAUUUAUCACUGCUCUGGCGAGAUACCAUACGAAUAUUAUUGAAGGAACAGGUAUCCGUGAAACAACUCCGACAUUAUCCAUUGAUGAUGUAAAAUUUUUAUUUCUUCAAUUUGCUGAUGUACAGUCUUUCAGUGAAGAUACCGGUAGUGAUGGACAGGAAUCGAAUAUACGUUUGAUUCCUUAUCAAAUAUAUUCGAUACUCAAAGUUCUAAUUACAAUUCGACAAAUUGAACGUGAAAGAAAAGCUUUAUAA